GCUCGCCGCGCUCGCCCCUCCUUCCCUCCCUCUCCCUCCUUCCUCUUCCGCGCUCGUCCAGGUCCGUGUCCCUCGCCGGUCCCGCUAUGGCCGCGCUCACCCAGAACCCGCAGUUCCAGAAGCUGCAGCAAUGGCACCGCGAGCACAGCUCCGAACUCAACCUGCGCCACCUUUUCGAGUCGGACCCGGAGCGCUUCCAACACUUCAGCUUGAACCUCAACACCAACCAUGGUCAUAUUCUGCUGGAUUACUCCAAGAACCUUGUGACGAAGGAGGUGAUGCAGAUGCUGGUGGACCUGGCUAAGUCCAGGGGUGUGGAGGCUGCCCGCGAGCGCAUGUUCAAGGGCGAGAAGAUCAACUUCACAGAGGACCGAGCAGUGCUGCACGUAGCCCUUCGGAACCGGUCAAACACACCCAUCCUGGUGGAUGGCAAGGAUGUGAUGCCGGAGGUCAACAGGGUUCUGGACAAGAUGAAGUCUUUCUGCCAGCGUGUUCGGAGUGGCGACUGGAAGGGGUACACGGGCAAGUCCAUCACGGACGUCAUCAACAUUGGCAUCGGAGGCUCUGACCUGGGACCCCUCAUGGUGACCGAAGCCCUCAAGCCAUACUCUGUGGGAGGUCCCCGUGUCUGGUUUGUCUCCAACAUUGAUGGGACUCACAUUUCCAAAACCUUGGCCAGUCUGAACCCAGAGUCUUCCCUGUUUAUCAUUGCCUCCAAGACCUUUACCACCCAGGAGACCAUCACCAAUGCAGAAACGGCCAAGGAGUGGUUCCUCAAGUCAGCCAAGAAUCCAUCUGCAGUCGCGAAGCACUUUGUUGCCCUGUCUACCAACACGGCCAAAGUGAAGGAGUUUGGAAUUGACCCUCAAAACAUGUUCGAGUUCUGGGAUUGGGUAGGUGGACGCUACUCACUGUGGUCAGCCAUCGGGCUCUCCAUCGCCCUGCAUGUGGGUUUCGACAACUUUGAACAGCUGCUCUCAGGGGCUCACUGGAUGGACCAGCACUUCCAGAAGACACCCCUGGAAAAGAAUGCCCCCAUCCUGCUGGCUCUGUUGGGGAUCUGGUACAUCAACUGCUUUGGGUGUGAGACACAUGCCAUGUUGCCCUAUGACCAGUACCUGCACCGUUUUGCUGCCUACUUCCAGCAGGGUGACAUGGAGUCCAACGGGAAGUCCAUCACCAAGUCUGGAGCCCGUGUGGACCACCAGACCGGCCCCAUUGUGUGGGGGGAGCCAGGGACAAAUGGCCAGCACGCAUUUUACCAGCUUAUCCACCAAGGUACCAAGAUAAUACCCUGUGACUUCCUCAUCCCUGUUCAGACCCAGCAUCCCAUACGGAACAGUUUACAUCACAAGAUCCUCCUGGCCAACUUCUUAGCCCAGACGGAGGCCCUGAUGAAGGGGAAGUUACCAGAGGAGGCCCAGAAGGAGCUCCAAGCUGCAGGAAAGAGCUCAGAGGACGUGAAGAAACUGUUGCCACACAAGGUUUUUGAAGGAAAUCGCCCAACCAACUCUAUUGUGUUCACCAAGCUCACACCGUUCAUUCUCGGGGCCUUGAUUGCCCUGUAUGAGCACAAGAUCUUUGUUCAGGGCAUCAUCUGGGACAUCAACAGUUUUGACCAGUGGGGGGUGGAGCUAGGGAAGCAGCUGGCCAAGAAAAUCGAGCCUGAACUUGAGGACAACACUCCAGUGACUUCUCACGAUUCUUCCACCAAUGGGCUGAUCAACUUCAUCAAGCAGCAGCGGGAUGUCAAAACGGAAUAAACUCAGCUGCAACCCCCUGUUGUGACCAGUCCUUCCUGUCCCUCCUUGCCAGUCUGCACUGCAUGGUCCUGACCCUCCCUGCCCAGAGCACCCCUCUGGUUGCAGACUUGGACCACAGGUCCUUCUAGGGGAAGCUGGUGUGAAACCGCACGCACCCCUACAUGUCCACGCUCCCUGUCUUAGAGUCGGCUGAAGUACUUCUGUGCAGCUGACCGCUGCUCUUUGUUUAGGGUUCACCUCUCAAGUAGAAUAAAGAUCCCCAAAGAGGGAGUGGGCGUA